GAAAUCAAAACUCAUCAGCAGCUUCACAUUUUCUUCCUUCCAUUUAUGGGUCAAGGGCACACUUUACCCCUCAUAGAUAUAGCAAAACUCUUUGCUUCACGUGGAGAAAAAUCCUCCAUAAUAACCACCCCAGCCAAUGCACCACUCUUCACCAAAGCAAUCCAAACAAGUAGAAGUUCGGGUUUGGAAAUUGAAAUUCUUCUCAUCAAAUUCCCAUCUUCCGAAGUAGGGUUGCCUGAAGGAAUUGAAAGUUCUAACGACUGGGGUAAAACCGCAGAGAUAGCAGAAAAGUUCUUCAAAGCUCUAACACUACUUAAACAUCAGGUAGAGCAGCUUCUACAUCAAUAUCAUCCUCACUGUCUUGUUGCAAGCUCUUUGUUUCAUUGGUCUACGGAUCUUGCUGCCAAGUUUGGGAUUCCGAGGCUCAUAUUUCAAGGACCUGGUUUCUUCUCCUUGUGUGCUGCAAUGAGUGUUACGUUGUACCAACCUCACAUGAAGGUUGCAUCUGAUUCAGAAUCUUUUAUUGUUCCUAAUCUCCCACAUGAGAUCAAGAUGACAAGAAACGAACUACCAUCUUUUUUAAAACAAGAGGGUGAGACAGAGCUCAUGAAGUUGCUCAGAGAGUGUAGAGAGACUGAGAAAAGGAGCUAUGGGAUUAUCAUCAACAGCUUCUAUGAACUUGAACCAGAUUAUGCAGAUCACUAUAGGAUGGCGUUCGGGAGGAGGUCAUGGCAUAUCGGCCCGGUUUCGUUAUGCAACACGGCAGAAAACGAUAAAUUAGCGAGGGGAAGGGAAGGCUCAGUUGAUGAAGUACAUGAGUGCUUGCAGUGGCUUAAUUCUAAGAAACCCAGUUCGGUUGUUUAUGUAUGCUUUGGAAGCCUGAAUACUUUCAGUGAUAGUGUGCUCUUAGAAAUCGCAUUGGGACUUGAGGCUUCACAACAGCAAUUCAUUUGGGUUGUCAAGAAGGAAAACAAUAAUCAAGAAGAGUGGUUGCCUAAAGGAUUUGAGCAGAGAAUGGAUGGCAAGGGACUUAUUAUAAGAGGUUGGGCUCCUCAGCUAUUGAUUCUUCAACAUGAAGCAGUUGGGGCCUUUCUGACUCAUUGUGGGUGGAACUCAAUCCUUGAGGGAGUGACUGCUGGGGUGCCAAUGAUCACCUGGCCGCUGUUUGCAGACCAGUUUUACAACGAGAAGUUGGUGACUCAGAUACUUGGUAUUGGGGUUUCUGUGGGUUCUCAAAAGUCGGAAGAUGGUGGUGUGAAGAGCGAGGCCCGUGUAAAAUGGGAGGCUAUAAAGAAGGCUGUGACUGAAAUUAUGGAGGGUGAUAAAGCUGAGGAAAUAAGAAGCAAAGCUGCUGCGUUAGGAGAGAUCGCAAGGAGCGCAGUUGAAGAAGGUGGUUCAUCGUACUCGGAUUUAACUGCUCUCAUUGGGGAGUUGAGGUCAUUUGGGUCUUGAUUCUCUUGAAGUAGCCAAAAUGCCAACCUUUCCUGCUUCGGAGAAGUGUAGUUGCAUGACUUGCAUCUCCUAGUGUAGUUUGAAUUGUUGGUAUAUUAUACCUACUUGUAAUCUGUAAAAGUUAUACAGAGGGUUUGUAUAAAAAUAAAAAAUAAAUAAAAAAAAGUAAUCUGUAAAAGUUGAAAUAAAUCGUACUGGUAUUUCCUUCUAAACGUACACAGAUAUGCAUGCAUGCAUUGCUUCCGAAAGAACUUAUCACUACACCAUCUCUCCACAUAUUGGAAUUAAUAUAGUUUGAUACUUAAUUAACUG